AUGGAUCCCACGUGCGAGGAGAGGGCCACGGAGGAUAGGAGCGACGAGGAGGACUCCGACUCCGCGGAAGCCCCGGCGCGGGCCCGGGACACCCCUGAGGACAUCGUUCUGGAAGCGCCGGCUAGUGGGCUGGCGUUCCACCCGUCCCGCGACCUCCUGGCGGCGGGGGACGUGGACGGGGACGUGUUCGUCUUUUCCUACUCCUGUCAAGAGGGAGAAACCAAGGAGCUCUGGUCCUCUGGUCACCACCUCAAGUCCUGCCGUGCCGUGGCCUUCUCUGAAGACGGGCAGAAACUUGUUACGGUCUCCAAGGACAAAGCCAUCCACGUUCUCGAUGUGGAACAGGGCCGACUGGAAAGACGCAUUUCCAAGGCUCAUGGGGCCCCUAUCAACAGUCUGCUGCUAGUGGAUAUGAAUGUUCUGGCCACCGGGGAUGACACCGGUGGCAUUCGGCUCUGGGACCAGCGGAAGGAAGGCCCCUUAAUGGACAUGCGGCAACACGAGGAGUACAUUGCUGACAUGGCUCUGGACCCAGCCAAGAAGCUGCUGCUGACAGCCAGUGGAGAUGGCUGCCUUGGUGUCUUCAAUAUUAAGCGACGCCGGUUUGAGCUGCUUUCAGAACCUCAGUCUGGAGACCUGACCUCGGUCACAAUCAUGAAAUGUGGGAGGAAGGUGGCCUGUGGCUCCAGUGAAGGCACCAUCUAUCUCUUCAAUUGGAAUGGCUUUGGGGCCACAAGCGACCGAUUUGCCCUGAGAGCCGAGUCCAUUGAUUGCAUGGUUCCGGUCACGGACAGUCUGCUAUGCACGGGGUCCACGGAUGGAGUCAUCAGGGCUGUGAACAUCCUGCCGAACCGAGUGGUGGGCACGGUGGGCCAGCAUGCCGGGGAGCCCGUGGAGGAGCUGGCCCUCUCCCACUGCGGCCGCUUCCUGGCCAGCAGUGGCCAUGACCAGUGCCUCAAAUUCUGGGACAUGGCCCAGCUGCGGGCUGUGGUGGUGGAUGAUUACCGUCGGCGCAAAAAAAAGGGAGGGCCCCUUCGGGCACUGAGUAGCAAGGCUUGGAGCACCGAUGACUUCUUUGCAGGACUGAGGGAAGAGGAAGCGGAGAAGGAGGAAGAGGACAGUGACUGA